UAUAUGUUCCAACCAGGGUUAGGGUUUUAGGGUCUCUCUUCCUCCGCGAGCCGACCGAAGCUUCACCUGAUCACCCCGAAAGCGAAAAUGGUGAAGGGACGCCAAGGAGAGCGCGUCAGACUCUAUGUGAGAGGGACAGUCCUCGGAUACAAGAGGUCGAAGUCCAACCAGUAUCCAAACACGUCAUUGAUCCAGAUUGAGGGGGUGAACACCCAAGAGGAGGUGGCGUGGUACUGUGGCAAACGCAUGGCUUACAUCUACAAGGCCAAGGUGAAGAAGAAUGGUUCGCACUACCGCUGCAUUUGGGGCAAGGUCAUUAGACCUCAUGGUAACAGUGGCGUUGUUCGUGCUAAAUUCAAGUCCAACUUGCCUCCCAAAUCCAUGGGAGCAAGAGUCAGAGUCUUCAUGUAUCCCAGCAACAUAUGAGGCUGCUUUUAACAUUGUUCUGAGAAACUCUAGCACGGACAUUGUUGAAUUCUGGCCAUUCCAUUUGUUUGCAGUCAAAACGCUCCUCUCCACCAUCUGUGUCCAUUGGCGAUGGAAUGCCAUUGCAACAGCAGCAGCGGCGGCUGUGGGUACACAUGUCGAUGCAUCACUGAUGGCGGAGUGAGUGUGUACCACGGCAGAGUAUUUUUUAUGUUUUAUCUUAA